AAAUUGUAUGUGGGUUUGGUUUCUUAUCACCGAUUCGACUUCUACGGACUUGAACUUUCUGCAAAUUUUCUUACUUUUUUCGAAUUCCACUGCCUUAUCCUCUUCACUCUUCAGUAAGAGCGAAAAAUUCCAUCCUGGGACUCUAGUCUACGGGUUUCAUAGCGAGCAGGGGAACAUAGUAAAAUUGAUUAACAAAUGAGGAUUUCCUGUUCGACUACCUUCGCAACUUUAGCUGAAUCUUCUAUCUAUUGUCUUUCUAAUUCAUGGAAGCCGUCGUCUUCUUUGAAAUCCACCGCGAAACCAACUCCUAAGAUUGUACACUUUGGUUACCGAAACUUGCCACUGCAAUUUUCACCCCGACGUUCGAAUUCCCUGUCCCAAAAUGGGUUUCGUCCGCUUUCUUUCUUCAAUGCUAAAGAUGAAUCCGGCGGCGAUUUUCAGCAAAAGGGAAAUGGGGGGGAGUGGCCUAUCUUGAAGCGGUGGGAAGUGCCAUGGGGAUGGCAAACAGUUUCAUUAACUUCUCUAGCUUGUGGAUUAAGUUUCAUUGUGACAGGAUUGGUUGAAUCUGCCGCCAUACCUUAUCUUGGUAUUCGCAUUGAAGAGCUAAGCUUAGACGAGAAGGCUGAAAUACUGUUUCUGGAUCAAGGCAUUACAACUGUGGCAGUGCUUGGGAUCUUAUACAGUAUUGCAAACACUUUCCAACCACUUCCCGAUGACUUGUAUCGCUAUGAUAUUAAGGACCCCCUGAAUCUGCAGAAAGGCUGGCUCUUAUGGGCAGGAGUGGGUCUGGUCGGUGCCCUUGCUUCUAUUGCAGCGACAGGAGCAGUCUUGUCUUCAUUUAACGGUGGGAGCCCGCAAAGAGAGACAGACGCUCUAGUACGCUUGCUUCCACUAAUUGGAUCUUCCAGCAUCAGCACUGCUUGUCUGGUGGGUAUCGCUGGUGUCCUUGCUCCAGUUCUUGAAGAGACUGUGUUCCGGGGAUUUUUUAUGGUGUCUCUUACCAAGUGGGUUCCCACGCCAGUUGCCAUUCUGAUUAGUGCAGCUGUGUUUGCCCUUGCACAUCUCACUCCUGGAGAGUUUCCCCAGCUCUUUGUGCUUGGAACUGCUCUCGGAUUUUCUUAUGCUCAAACUCGCAACCUCUUGACACCCAUCACCAUACACGCUUUGUGGAACUCAGGCGUCAUUUUGCUUCUUACCUUCCUCUCGGUAAAACAUUAAUUUCACAGUGAAAGUGAAC